AUGGCCUCGUCAUCGAAUCCAUUCCGCAAGAGUGCGACGCAGCACCCUGAAUACCGCUCCUCCCCGAUCCCCUCCUCCAUAGACGCCGCCCAGCUGUUCCCGCCCCCGACGACGACCUUUCGCGACGAGAACGUGCCGCCCGCGGCCGUGCAGAACACAGCCGUCGACGCAAGCAAGGCAAAGGUCGUCAAGAAGGUCCGCGUGCUGUCGCCGCCCCCGCGGACGCCCGAGUCGCCAGAAUGGACGGCCAGCUACUUUGGCUCGGCCGCCGCCCCGGCGUAUGCCCCGGAGCAGGAUCCCUUCAACAAUGUCGACAACGACUGGGAUGAGGCUUCUGCUGCCUCUGCUGCUGCGUCUACUGCUGCUGCUGCUGCUGCUGCGGCAGCCCCGCCCCCCCAGCCGGCUGUUCCGCCGGUGCGGUCGCCGUUGACGGCUGUGGAGACGCAGAGGCCGGUGAAUGUGGUGGCCAAUCCGUUUAGCAAGAAGAAGCCGCACGAGGCUGCGAAUCCGAGGGAUUCCAAGCAAGAUGCGAGGGAGGAGGGCGAGGUGCUCAAGGCGGCACAAUCGGCGAGGAGGUCGCUCAACGUCGAUUCCUUCAAGCGGCUGCUGAUGACGGGGGCGGCCAGCCCGCCCAGCUCUCCACUCCCGACGGACUCGUUCGAAGACGAAUCUGCGAACCACCCCAGGCCUGUUUCUAUGCCUCCGCCGGCACACGGGACCUCGACGACUGUGCCUACUCACAAGGAGAAGAAGGCUCCUCCGCCUCCUCCGAGCUCGAGGCACGGCAAAGUGAUCAAGCCCGCGCCUGCGCAGAGCCCCACCGGUACCGAGAGUGCCGUCACCAGCCCCAAGGAGAAACCGGCCGAACCGGUUGCACACCAUAUCGAACCAUCACGACCAUCGCUGUCUCGGGAAAGCUCGGCCAGUAGCGAAAGCUCGGACAGCAGCAGCAGCUCCUCGGCCUCGGUGGAGGACGAAGUUGUCGAACUGGACACUCACCCACCCGCUUUCACAGCCAGCCCGGAUCAUAUCGACACCCCCAUAUCGCCCCCGACAAGCAAUGCCAAGAAGCCUGUCCCAGUUCCUCCUCCAAGGCCGAGAAGGCAGCCGCGAACCGAGUCGAAACCAACC